GCAAAAUCAGCCUCUCUAAUUUUCUCUAUAUAUAUGAGCCCAAUGAGCCACCUCCUAGGAAUUCAAUCUCCGCAGCAAGCUCAAUUCUCUCCAAACAUGUAUGCUUCCACUUCCCCAUCUGUACAACUCUUCCAAGACUUGGUAGGAGAUUUUUACUCAAGGAGACUGCUACUUCACAGCCCUCUUCACGAAUCACCAGCCACUGCAUCUCCUCCAGCCACUGGAAACAGCCACGACUCAUCGGAGCCAUACACCGGAAGUAAUAGCUUUGACACAAAUGUUGUGAUGGUCCUCUCAGUCCUCUUGUGUGCCUUGAUUUGCUCACUGGGGUUGAAUUCUAUCAUAAGGUGUGCGCUCAGGUGCUCAAGCAUAGUCGCCUCCCCCGGCAACAGCCCCUCAGCUCGGCUGGCCAACACAGGAGUCAAGAAGAAGGCCCUAAAGACUUUUCCAACGCUAAACUACUCAGCAGGACUGAACCUGCCUGGCCUGGACACCGAGUGUGUUAUAUGCUUAUCAGACUUCACCCCAGGGGAACGCAUAAGGAUUUUGCCUAAGUGCAACCACGGUUUCCACGUGAGGUGCAUUGAUAAAUGGCUGAAUUCACACUCCUCCUGCCCUACUUGCCGGCACUGCCUGAUUGAGACAUGCCAAAAGAUUAUAGGAUGUAGUCAGGCAAGCUCCUCAGAAACACCCCCACCAUUGCAGGAAAGCAUGAUCAUUGUCCCACUAGAACCUGAAGGUUUCAGUCGCAAUUACCGGGAAGUAAGUUAAGUAUAGUUCUAUUGACUGUAUCAUAUGCUUGCAUGGGGCUUAGCCUAAAAGCAAGCAACACACAGCUUUCAUUAGGGGUUACAUGUCACACAACCCACUAGAAAUGUAGUUUUGCAAUUGUACAGUUUUUAUAAAGUUGUAGUUUGUAUAGCCUGUUUCUUCUAAGUCCUUCAAAUUGCUUUAUACAA